CUCUCUCUCUCUCUUCCUGAAACCCUAAACUCACCACCACCAUGGAAACAGAAAACGACGACACUUCUUCAUGCCGUUCUUCAACAAAUUGGUCCGUCGCCGGCGGCGCUCUGGAAAACCGCGUCACUUUCGAGUCCUCCUUGUCUCCGAUCGACGGCGAGUCUCCGAAUUGUACUACCGGAUCCUCCAUCAUUCUACGCCCUCCGUCACCGGAUUCCGGACCCUGCGAGAUCACUAUUAAUUUUACACAAAAACAUGAGGUUCAGCAGAUUUAUGUUCGGAGUACUGCCCGAGUCUAUGAGAUUUACUAUGCACCUGAUUUACAGAGUGAGAACGAAUAUCUAUGUACUGUUCGCUGCGGAAUUGCUGCCAGAGAUGAGGAAGUUCAUUCCGCAAAUUCAAAUGGGUCUCUUAAGGAGGUAUCUGAAGAAAACGUAAGAGAUGCCAAUAACUUGAGCACCAGUGAAGAUGACUGGGUUGAAGUGAAAGUCCCAGAUAAUCGUGUGCUUGAUAAAAAAAUUAGUUCUUCGCUAUCAAAGUCUGGUUCUGAACAGGCCUUUUAUGAAGCCACAGCACAGAUGAGUGAUGUAAAUCCUUGUAUAUCCUUAACACUUCGUCUACUGUCACUUGAGAGGAAGGAUUGCGUUUAUGUUGAUGAGAUUUAUGUGUUUGCUGAUCCUGCUGAUUCAUUGGAUUUGGAAAACCAAGAGAGUACAGUCGAAAACUCAACUGGAAGUUCUCUCAUGGCCAUGUUUAUGCCUACCCUCCUGCAAUUAUCUAAAACGAGGAGUGUUUCCCAAACCCAAGACUCUCAAAUGAUAGGGCCAAAAGCAUCUGAUUCUACCAGUGUUGCAACUGGGAUCCAGACAUAUAUUAGACCCAGCAUUUCUGAUCAUGAAGAAGUGAAAAUGCAGGAUGUGAAUAGGGCUACAAUUGGUAGCACCCCAUCACAGAUCCCUCUAGAGGUACCUGUCACAGAAAGCAAAAUUGAUACUGCAUAUGAUCAUGUUGAAAGGUCUAUGGACCUACUUGUUUCACGAAUGGGCAAAAUAGAGGAUCUAUUAUUGAGGUUUGAAGACAAAAUGGUAAACCCCAUGAGCAACAUUGAGGCAAGGCUUGAGAGGGUCGAGCAGCAAGUUGAAGCACUCAGCAGACAAUCACAUAAUUCUGGUUUGUCAACAUGCUCAAGAUUCUGUGCUCCUUCUUUCUCAUGCAUCGAGUCUGAUUCCAACUCUUUCUACAACAGUAUAAAUGACUGUCCCAGUUGUGAGGCAGUUAUACGAGGUAACAAGGACAGUCAAUCUGAGUCGCUCCCUACCCCACCUUAUCACAUGUCUGAUUCAGUAAAGCCUUCAAAGUUGGUCCCAGGUCUAGUGGUAACUGCUCCUGAAUUUUCAAGUGAUGAUGAGGAUGAAGAAGAUGAAUCAUCAGGCCUAGUAAUAAGUUCUUCAAGGAAUAAACCGAGGGCUGCUCUGACAGUUGAUGAUGCUCUAGCAUCUGCUCUUGCUGGGUUCAUGUCUCUAACUUCUAAUCAGCCUCAAAAGUGUGCCAAACCUUUCUGGGUUAAAGCUCCUGAAUUCUUAAAUGAUGAAGAUGAUAGCCCUGAUACAAAAGCUUCAGUGAGAGGUGAAGAAAGUGGGACAGGGCCAUCCAUGUGCUUUGAUGGAUCUGAUGGGAUACAAAAUGUAAAUGAUUCACUAGUUCAUUCAACCACAGUUUCUUCAUAUACUGAGGAGAAUGUUGAAAUAUCUAGUGAUGAACACUCUGUUAAACCAGACAGCAUUCAUGUGCAGUAUGAGCAUCAUGAGGUUGUUGAAAAAGACCAACCUGAUGGUAAUAGCGGUGAGAAUGAAGUUGAUCAUGGCAUGGAUCGAACUGCUUCUUGUAAGACAACAGAAGAGACUGAGAAUGGAGUAGACAUCACUAAGAUAAGUAACAUUGCCAACCCUGACAAAAAUGGUAGUCCAGAUAGGUUGCCUCAAAAUGGGACUAAUGAAGGAUUUAACAACAAUCAGGAUGAUGCUAAUACAAAGGAGCUGGUUGAGGAGAAUUCUAACAUACAUGCAAAGGAAGUGACAGAAGAGAAUUCUGACAAAGAUGUUUUGAAGAAUAUCCUAGGAUUCUCACGUGCUUCUUCCGAGGUGGAUUUUGGAAUUCCAGUGUUGGAUGUAAAAUUUACUUCUCUUGAUAGUUGCAGUGGCAGUCUUUCUCUUGCAUCCCUUUUGUCUGAAUCGCCGGAAUCAAUGACUGAAGAACCUUAUCUGAGGGAAAGUGAUCAUGCACCUCAGGUUGAUGAGGAGUCUAGCUUGAUUAUAGUGGAAGACGGGGAGCCAGUUGGUCCUGCUAUUGAUGGUAAUGUUUCUGUGGUUAUGGAUUUCUAUAGCGUCGCUGAACCUUUGAGCACAUGGGGUGCGAAUCUGCAGUGUGAAACGUCCAAUAGCCAUGAGACUUUCGCAGCAAGUCUCAUUUGAUAGCUUUGCUGCUAAUAACUUUGUUAGCCUGUACAUAAAUCUGGCUUAGACGAGAAUUGGUUGUGUACUAUGUGUUUUUUUCCCCUGCUUUAGUACUCACAAACCAAUUCAGUGAAAACUGGCAUGUAUUUAGGUGGGCAUUUUGCAGCAUAUUGAUUCUGGGAUUCUUAUCUUCUUGAA